UAUGACAAACCAGUGUUCGAUAUUGUUUCAUAAAUGUUGCGUAUUUUUUUGGCUAUAGAAUUCUUGUGAAGAUUCGUCGCCCGCAGACCCGCUUGAUCUCUUGCGACAGGUGUCAUGCACGGUGGCUUCGUAUAACAGUGGCUCGUUGGUACGGGUCUUAAAAGGAAAUAAACUGACCCGCGAGUUCAGCAGCUUAUCCGAUGAUUCUUCCGGUUCCGAUACGUGUGAAAAUGAAAAGCGUUACGAGUUCGAAGGUGCUUCUGAGAUACCCGGCAAAAGCAGCCUUCUGCAAGCUUCUGGUAGACAAAAGAAGCUGAAACCCGUUUCGUUCGCCAACAAGGAACCUGACGUGUACUUGUACAUCGAAGAGUCGUGCGCCGAAAACGUCGGUCGCUGGGAACACGGUACCGACAUAUCGAUGCAGGAAUAUUUCAGGAUCAAAAAUGAGAUGAAGCUCGACAGAGAUCAGCUGUUUCCGAGGGGCAACGAUGUCCUAUCCAGGUACAUGAACGAAAGCUCAGCGCGUACGGACGACCGCAUUUCCGCUGAAAACCAGCCCUUUGCGAUGAAUGAGGAAGCUGGCACCGGCGAGGGUCCCGACAAAUGGGCGUUCAUGAAGGACUCCGUACGAAACGGCAACACUUUUCCUGACAAGUGUACAGAACUUUCGACGUGCAAACCCGAACCCUGGGCCGAUGCGGUCGAGGCGAAGCUGCUGUGUUGA